AGAGAAAGAUACAAAGUCAAACAUGCAUUUACCAUAAUCUCUAAGCUCCACACAUAAAGAAAUACCCACAAUGCCCCCUGCGACCACUGUUGACCUGGGCUACGUGCCUCCUGAUGGAGGAUGGGGCUGGGCUGUAGUGUUUGGAUCAUUUAUAUCCAUUGGCUUCUCGUACGCCUUUCCCAAGUCCCUCACGAUCUACUUCAAGGAGAUCCAGGAGUACUUCUCUAUCUCAUACAGUGAAAUUGCAUGGGUCUCCUCAAUUAUGCUGGCUACAAUGUAUGCAGGAGGACCUAUCAGCAGCAUACUAGUCAAUCGCUAUGGGAGCAGGCCAGUGGUCAUUACUGGUGGCCUAAUGGCUGGGGUCUCUAUGGUGAUAGCUUCUUUUGGCACUACCAUCAUGCAUCUGUACCUAUCAGUUGGAGUUAUUGGAGGUCUUGGCCUUGCCUUUAAUCUACAACCUGCCCUGACCAUUAUUGGUAAAUACUUCUUUGUGAAACGACCCAUGGCAAAUGGAUUGGCCAUGGCUGGGAGUCCAGUGUUUUUGUCCACUUUGGCCCCACUUAACCAGUUCCUGUUUGACACCUUUGGGUGGCGAGGGAGUUUCUUUAUCCUGGGGGCCAUACUGCUCAACUGCUGUGUUGCUGGAGCUUUAAUGAGGCCUAUAAGCAUCAGAACAAAGCCAGCUCAAAACCAAAGCAGUGGUGGUAAUGAAACAGUCAGUGAGGUUGGCAAAGGACUAGAGAAUGAUCACUCUCAGGCUGUUGGCUUAGUCAGUGAAAAGCAACAGCUCAACAAGACGGGAUGUGCUUCCUUUGUGAACUUAUUUGACCUUUCGCUCUUCAAACACCGUGGUUACCUAAUCUACUUGGUGGGUAAUGUUGUAAUGUUUUUUGGAUUCUUUGCCCCGGUUGUGUUUCUGGCCCCCUAUGCUAAGCACCAGGGGAUUGAUGAGUACUCUGCUGCCCUUCUGCUUUCUAUCUUUGCUCUGGUUGACAUGGUGGCACGGCCUGGAACUGGCCUAGUGGCCAACACUAAAUGGAUCCGACCCAGAAUUCAGUACUUUUUUAGCUUUUCUGUGGCAUAUAACGGUGUGUGUCAUUUGGCGUUACCCCUGUUGUCAGGGUAUACAGGGCUGGUAGUGUAUGCUGUCGUCUUCGGUCUGGCCUUUGGAAUGCUGUGUGCACUGCUUUUUGAGGUGCUAAUGGAUUUAGUGGGGGCACAGAGGUUCUCCAGUGCAGUUGGGCUUUCUACUAUCAUAGAAUGUGGCCCUGUUCUCCUUGGACCCCCAAUUGCUGGUGCUUUGGUUGAUCUCUUCAUGGACUAUAAGUACAUGUAUAUUGCAUCUGGUAUUGUAAUGGUGAUUCCUGGACUAUUUCUCUUUAUCAUGAACUACUUUAACUACAAAUGGCUGAAGGUGGAGGAGCAAAAGCAGAAAGAGGAAGAGCUGCAGAUUGGUUCAGCCAAAGAACUUGCUGUUGUGGAGGACUCUUAUGACGUUGAGCAAACAUCAGAUUGAGUCAGGAAGAGCAAUAUACUGACUCAUUUAGCAAAGAGACUUAAUGUAUGCAUUUACAAAUACAAGUAAAAUAGCUUUUCAUGUACUAUAAUUGACAGAAUUAGUCUAUUAUUGAUAGACACUAUAUACAGUGGAUUCAGAAAGCUUUCAGACCCCUUCACUUAUUUCACACCAGAUAUAAUCAAUAUUUUUAUGUACCAAUCUACACUUAAUCACACAUUGACAAAGUGAAAAAUGAGCUUUUGAAGUUUUUUUUUUGCAAAUUUAUAAAAAAAUUAAGAACUAAAAUCUCUUUCACAAAAUCAUUAUUUGCUGUGGCACUUUAAAUAACGGUAACAUGCAACCAUUUUGCUUCAUUUAAUCUUUAAACAUGUCUAGAGCUCAACUGGAGUCCACCCGUGCAAUUUCAAUGGAUUGGUCUGAAUACGUUUAGGAAUAAGAGAUUUUAAUUUUUGAAUAAAAAUUUUUUUUUGAAGAACUAAAAACAUGUUUUACUUUAUUAUUAUGGCUGGUAAAUUGUACAUUAGAUAAAAAAAAUUCAUUCAAAAUCAAAUCCACAGCAUAAUACAGUGUGCAAGAAAAGUGUGCAAGAAAACAAGGGGUCUGAAUAGUUUCUGAAUCCAUUUAUCCAAAGUUAUACAGUAUGAUAUUACUACAACACUGAUAUUGCCAAAAAAUUUUUUUUCCCAUAACAUAUUUUUAUUAAACCAUUAAAAAGUUUUUAUUUACAGAA